CGCCGUGACUUCGGUGGUCGUGACUUCGAUGACCGCAGGAAGCGUGGUAGUGGUCAUGACAAUGACCGUCGCCGAGAGCACCGCGAAGAGAACCGCGAGCAUCGACAUGGUAGAGGUCGUGAGGAAGGAUCUCCUCGCCGUGGUGGGCGUAAGGGACGGGAUGGGCUUGGCACUCCAGAACGAAGGUCUCCUACACCUGAGGGUGCACUUCCUUUGGCCCAGCGGAGGCGCAAAGCUUCAGGAUGGGAUGUUCAUGCUCCAGGAUACGAACAAUAUUCCGCCAUGCAAGCCAAACAAACAGGUUGGUCGACCAUCCAGUUCUCCAAGGGUGUCUAACUGUCACGUUUUUAAAAGGUCUUUUUAACCUUCCUGGAGCGAAUCGCACACAAGUUCCUCCUAUCCUUGGUAUCGCUGGUUUGCCGCCUCCAAUCCCAGUCCAGACUUUUGGGAUGGGAAUUGGAAGCAACCCGAACUUAUCUCGGCAAUCCCGUCGCCUGUACAUUGGCAGUAUCACACCUGAGGUCAAUGAGCAAAAUCUUGCCGACUUCUUCAACAGCAAAAUGAUUGAAAUGGACAUUGGCACUGGUGGCCCCGGAAACCCUGUCCUUGCAGUCCAGUGUAAUUACGAGAAGAACUAUGCGUUUGUCGAGUUCCGCAGCGCAGAAGAUGCAACGGCUGCUAUGGCCUUCGACGGUAUCAUAUUUAUCAAUGGUCCACUCAAAAUUCGGCGACCCAAGGACUAUGGUGGUGUUGAGAUCACUGUUCCUAGCGUCCAUGUUCCAGGCGUUGUUUCAACCAACGUCCCUGACUCCAUCAACAAAGUGUUUGUGGGUGGUCUGCCGACUUACUUGAACGAGGAGCAGGUACAGGAGUUGCUCAAGAGUUUCGGCGAGCUCAAAGCCUUCAACUUGGUUCGUGAAAAUGGCAAUGGUUCAUCCAAGGGUUUUGCAUUCUUCGAAUAUGUGGAUGCCUCUGUUACUGACGUUGCCAUUCAAAGCUUGAACGGCAUGGAGCUAGGAGACCGUUAUCUAGUUGUACAGAGAGCCUCGGUCGGCGCGAAACCCGGUACACCGGGCAUGAUUCCAAACCUUCCCUACGACCAAUUUCCAGAGAUUCCUCGACCUAUCAUGCCUGCUGGUGAAAGCAGUAAUGCCGAUGCUCGUAUUCUUCUCAUGCUCAACAUGGUUACUCCUGACGACCUUACCAAUGACGACGAAUAUGGCGACUUGUACGAGGACGUCAAAGAAGAAGCCUCCAAAUACGGGAAUGUUGAAGAUCUGCGCAUUCCUCGGCCGGUCAAGAAAGACAAAUCGAAAUGGGCUCCUGGAGAGCCUGGUCAGCAGACUGCCAUUGAAGCUCAGCGCGCAGAUGAAGCAGCGGGUGUUGGCCGUGUGUAUGUCAAGUAUGUUGAUGCCGAAGGUGCACAGGCAGGUCUCAAGGCGCUUGCUGGGCGGUCCUUCGCUGGACGCUCUAUCAUCGCUACAGUCUUGAACGAGGACAGUCAAACGACGCCCCCACUUAAUUUGAUCUUUGCCCCUCAGCCAGAUGCUCCUCCUCCGCUCCCCACCUCUUGAUUGAUCACUCCUUUUGGGAGGCUGGAAGUGGUUAUCUAGUUGCUCGGUCGUAUGUACGUCCUGUACCGCUUCUGAUGUUGUUCUGUACCGAUGCUUUGAUUUCGUGCAAAUGAAGUGCCCCAUUGCGAUGUGAUAAUCACUCGAGUGCUGCCCGAGGAUCUCAUGGUGUCAUUAUAGAGAGUUUGAUGAUCGCUGGUCUUUGCGUUCUGUUUGUCCAGCUCCCUUGAGUUUCCAUUUUUUACUCAGGCCUUCAGAAAGGA